GUCCAAACCUGGAAAGCUAAAGGCAUGCAGCGCUUCUCAUGAAUAGGAUUAUUCUCUCCGGAGGUAUUCUCCUGUCGUUCAUUGCUGUUCAUUCGCAGUCUGAUCUAAGUCGAGGGCUGUGCUGGGCAAUCGCAGUGUUCGCGUUCAUGUGGGCCAUGACGAAUGAAAUGUGACCUUUGGGGAUUAUCGACAGGAGCAGGAACCCCGUGUGGACGUUCAAGAAUCGAAAAAUCGGUCUCACACCUUCUUGAUGGCCAUGCUACACCUGGGCUUCUACACUGGCGUCAGUAGAAGAGGCCCUAUCUAUCGGGCAGAAUUUCCGUGUUUCAGCAGCAGGGCCCGCUUUUAGAUCAAUGUUCAGUAUGAGCGUCUGGAUCGAGGAAAGUGGCCGCUGCGCAGCUGCCAUCGGAAAUACUUCCACAUCUUUGCGAACGAUUUCUUGACAAGAUCGAUCUCUCCAACUGCGAUAUCUUGUUGAAAAAGUUGGGUGUGCGAACGAUUUCUUGACAAGAUCGAUCUCUCCAACUGCGAUAUCUUGUUGAAAAAGUUGGGUGUGGUAGGUUGGGUACGAAUUGACUUGCAGCUCUCGCGGGGUGGUUUGAAACGUGCUUUUUUGCGUUCUACCUCGUAUCCGACAUUCGAAGGAUGUUGACUGUUGGCAUGUCGCUCGCGAACGUAGGAGACAUCGUUCAAGUUGUGACUCGUCCAUUCGUUAGACCCCCUGGGCGUAGGUCAGUCAGCUCCGAUCGAGGCAAAAUACGGUUGAGCUGUAUUUUGGAGCUGUCUCUGGUGUGGUUUCUCUCGUUAUGCUGAGUUUCAGUCCUGAUAAACGUACGAACAAAAAGCGUGCUGCAUGUUGCUGGGGAUCGUCAAAAAGCCGAUUGCGGAGGGUGUUCAUGCUUCGUGUGUGUGUAUCCACUUUCAAGAUAUAUAUUUUGGAACCUGUUACAAACAAGAAAUCGACGGAAGACCGACCCGAAGCGGAUCAGAACGAUAUGGGGGCCGUCAGGGCGCGUUCAAGUAACCUAAACGGAAAGGUUUUGACCUGGACGGGUGUGUGGUGUACUCCGGCAGAAUAGGAGAAGACCCAGCGGAAAUAGUUCUACACAAUUGAAUGUAGCUGUAGCUGUUGUCCAUCGUUCCUUUGUUGUUCGUGUUGU